AUGGCUGAUGCCCCCCCGCCAACCCCAUCCGAGCUCUUGCGGAUGGUGACCGAGCUUCAGCAAGCAAAUCAACAAAUGGCGGAGGAAAAUCGAAGAAUGCAAGAUCAAAUUGCGCAAUUAGUUAAUGCUCGCCUGGAGCACAACAAUGAUCACCACAACCGAGAAGAAAAUCAUGAACGUCGAUCAAUACCGACUCAUGUUUCUGAAACACCUCAAGGGGAAGAAGAGGAGGCCCACCAAACAGAAGAGGGCCAACCAGAAACCGAGGAAGAAGAACGAGACAAUUCUGCCGGCCCGUUUACAGCCGACAUUAUGAAUUUCCAACUUCCCAGACAGUUCACCCUGCCGACCACUCUGACCCCGUACGAUGGACUAGGAGAUCCAAAGCAACAUAUUAAAAAAUUCCGAUCCAUCAUGAUUGUUAACGGUGCAUCUGAUCCUAUACUAUGUCGUUGUUUCCCAUCCUUUUUAGAUGGUCCUGCACUUGACUGGUUUUGCUCUUUGCCUGCAGAUUCGAUAUCGCGUUUUCAGGAAUUAGCAAAGCAAUUCGAGGAUCACUUUGCGGCCUCUGCUAUAUACCUGCACGAUUCCGACUACCUGAUGACCAUAAAACAGGGCCCACAAGAGAGCUUAAAGGACUAUAUAACUCGUUUCACAAAGGUCGCCAUGAGGAUUCCCGAUCUUCAUCCCGAAGUCCACUUACAUGCAAUCAAGAGCGGCCUACGUCCGGGCAAAUUUCAGGAGACCAUAGCCGUGAGCAAACCGAAAACUUUGGCAGAAUUCCGUGAAAAGGCAAAGGGACAGAUAGAUGUUGAAGAGCUUCGGCAAGCCCGCAAAACAGAAAGGUCAACUGCUGCCAAGGAUGAUGAUAAACCUCGGGAUAACAAAAAAACCUUCAAACCCGUUCCCCGGUAUGAGUCAUACACAGCCUUCAACACAAAGCGGGAUGACAUUAUCAAGGAAAUACUUAACUCCAAAUUGAUCAAACCCCCUCGUAAAGCCGGCGCCUACCCAGAAUCCAAAACUGUGGAUAAAUCCAAAUUCUGUACCUUUCAUCAAAAGCACGGUCACACAACCGAUGAAUGUGUGAUCGCCAAAGACCUCCUAGAACGUCUCGCAAGACAAGGUCACCUUGACAAGUUCAUCGCAGGACGAAUGCAGAAGAAUAUUACCUCGGCUUCCGACCCUUCCUCAGCAAGCCCAUCCUCAAAGGAAAAGGAUAAGGCACCCAUCCAACCAAGAGGAAUCAUCAAUUGUAUCUCAGGAGGAUAUGCAGGAGGUGGACAUACAAGCUCGGCUCGAAAAAGAACCUAUAGAGCCAUGUUGGCUGUAACAGAUGCUCCUAAAAUGCCUCAACCAACCACCGAUGAAAAACGGCCGACCUUUCCCGUUAAUAUAAGGCAGACGAAAAACCAGAAAAAGGUUCCCUCCCCCGCCGAUCACUCACCACCGACGUAUACUUCGUUUCAUAUUGGGAGUCCGCCGACUUCAGUGGUAGGCGAGCUAUACAUCGGGAAACUCAGAUUCACAUGA